CCUCGGCGUCGGCGCACGGCGUCGCCAAGUGUCGCGAGGCCAGCACUGGGCAGGCGGUUUAGGGGCGCACGGGGCUCCGGGGCUCCGGGCUCGCCCCCGCCGCUCCGGGCAGGCGUGCCUAUGGCGUUUCUCGGGUGACGCUGCCCACACCGACUCUCCCGGGGCGGAGGAGACACCUAUGAACCCUUCGGCGACCUUCUUCACCGGGCGCCAGAACAUAGCGUCAGAAGUUGAGAUUUCCACUAUAGAGAAACAACGGAGGGAGCUGCAGUUGCUCAUUGCAGAAUUAAAAGACCGAGAUAAAGAGCUCAAUGAUAUGGUUACAGUGCAUCAAAGACAACUUCUUUCAUGGGAAGAGGAUCGGCAGAAAGUUUUGACUUUGGAAGAACGUUGCAGCAAAUUAGAAGGUGAACUACAUAAAAGAACUGACAUAAUCAGGUCACUCAUGAAGAAGGUAAAAGCCCUUGAAUCCAAUCAAGUUGAAUGCCAAACAACUCUUCAAAAGGCUCAACUCCAGCUUCAGGAAAUGGCUCAAAAGGCAACACAUUCUUCUCUGCUCGCUGAAGACCUGGAGGCUAGAAACGAAACUCUCAGCAACACAUUAGUGGAACUUUCUGCUCAGGUAGGACAAUUACAAGCUCGAGAACAAGCUCUCACUACAAUGAUAAAGCUAAAGGACAAAGAUAUUAUUGAGGCAGUCAAUCACAUUUCAGACUGUUCGGGUAAAUUUAAACUGUUAGAGCAUGCCUUACGUGAUGCUAAGAUGGUGGAGACUUGUAUUGUUAAAGAAAAGCAAGAUUAUAAGCAAAAAUUGAAGACACUUAAGUUUGAAGUCAACAAACUAAAAGAGGACCUAAGUGAAAAGACAACAGAAAAUAAUGAACAACGAGAAGAAAUCAUUCGCCUCAAGCAAGAGAAGAGUUGCCUACACGAUGAAUUGGUUUUUACUGUAGAGAGAGAAAAGAGGAAAGAUGAGCUGCUUGACAUUGCAAAGUCAAAGCAAGAACGUACAAAUUCGGAACUGCAUAACCUGAGACAGAUUUACGUAAAACAACAGAGUGAUCUGCAGUUUCUUAAUUUCAAUGUGGAAAAUUCUCAGGAAUUAAUACAAAUAUAUGACUCAAAGAUGGAGGGAUCAAAGGCCCUGGAAUCCAGCAGAGACAUGUGUUUAUCAGACCUUGAAAAUAAUCACCCAAAAGUUGAUGUUAAGAGGGAAAAACAUCAGAAGUCACUGGUUAAGGACCCAAAAUUUGAGGCCAUGUUGAUUCAGCAAAAUAGGGCAGACAAGAGCUCUUGUGACAUAUGCAAAGAGAAGAAACUCCAGCUUAAUUCUGCAUUUGGGGAAAAAAAUCUAAUUACUCUCUCAUCUGUAUUUACAAAAGACUUAAUGGAGAAACAAAAACCUUGGUCUCUGGGAGGAAAAAUACAGAUUGAACCGGAAAACAAAGUUACAUUUUGCAAGAUCCAUGGAAAAUCACUAAAAGGUAAUGGAAUAGAGGUUCAAAAUGAAGAGAAACAACUCUCAGAAGUAUCAGCUUUCUCUGAUGAAAAGCAGUGGCAUGAUGUCAAUGUUUACCUGGGUCUGGCCAACUGUCCAGGCUCCAAACAACCAGACAAGCUGGAAGUGGAAUGUCAAAAUCAGAUGGAAAGGUCUGAAAUCUCAUGUUCCCAGAAAAAUGGAGCCUGUCUGGGUGAAGGUGACGUGUGUGAGUCCAAGUGCUGCCACCCAAGUAACUUCAUAAUUGAGGCCCCUGGCCACAUGUCUGAUGUAGAAUGGAUGAGUAUUUUCAAGCCUUCCAAAAUGCAAAGAAUUGUUCGCCACAAAUCUGUGUGCACUUGUUCAGAAAGCGUCAGUGGGACAAAGUACAACUCCUCGAUGAGUGAACUAGUUGCCUUCCAACAUUCCCACUGUUUGGGUUCUUCAAAAUCUGCCUUAAAAGAGGAUGAGACAGAGUCUUCUUCUGAUAAAAAGAACUCACCUAAAAGUUGGUCAGUCAAGAAAGAUGAAGCAGUAUCCAAUGAAAAGGUUUGUAUUGUGUUAUCUUCCCAGGAUGAUUUUUCCCCCACAAGUAAACUCCAGCGCUUGCUGGCUGAAUCUCGUCAGAUGGUGACAGACCUGGAGCUGAGCACACUGCUGCCCAUCACCUGUGAGAAUCUCAACAGCAGUGCCCAAAAUAACUCAGAGGUCUCAGAAGAGCCAGCUCAAAAAAAUAACUUUGUCAGUUACUAAAGAAAAUGCAGGUCAACUUCAGUAUUCACUGUGAUCAUGGAAACAGAUUUCUCAUCUAUGUGGAAGGCAGAAAGCAGAAAGCAAUACCAAAUACUUAACUCUAGAACAAAAAGAGGAUCAUAAUUCUUUGUAAGCAACAUUUAAUACCAAAGGGGAACAGAACCUGAAAGUUAAUUUUUUAAACAUCUAUAUUUUGUUUUCAAAUUAAUCAUUUUUGUAUGUAAGAAAUAUUUUCAUGUGUAAGAAGUUAGACCUUUAUAUAUAUACAUACAAAUGUGGAAUUAUGCAAAGAAAGAAAAAGAUUUCUCUUCAAAGAUACAGACUAUAGUUAAAUACUACAGAAGCUCUUUUAGAGGAUAAGAAUCAAACAGAGAACCCCUGCAUAUAAAAUGCUGUUUCAACUGAUUUAAAAAGAAAAUCUGAGUAUACCUUUAAAUUAUAACCCAUAACUUAUCAGAGUCAGCUCAAAAUAUAGUAGUAUUCUCUUAUGGUUUUAGGUCUGGAUCUUGCUGUUUAAAUUAGACAUAAAAUGAUAUGAUAUAAAAUGCUUUUAACUGGAAAAUAUCUCCUUAAGUUGACAAUCGAGGUCCUUUUUUCCCAAGCCAAACAGAAACCCAUCUUGUCUGGGUCUGUAGUAGUCCCAUCUACAAACAAAAGCUUGCUGGAAGAUCAAGUUUUAUAUGCAUUUUAUUUUAUCAUUAAAGAAUAAAACGCUUCUGUUUUAACUUACAAUUUAAUUUUAUAAAGAGUGUACUAUGUGCCUCUG